CCGACUCCCGCUCUCCAAUUCAAUAUCCGACGCGCAUCGCAUUUAGCAAUCACCACUCCUCCGUUGCUCCUUUCCCAGCACCCGCAGUUCUCUUGGUUGCUCGCUGCGGAUGGAUUAUACCUAGAGCCCUGUGAUUCCCCAUGCCUUGACUCUCAAUUGACCAUGUUAACGGUGGAUGAUCUUACCCCUCCGCCCUGCAGCUUAUCAAUUUCGGUUUUUCAUUCUCUCCAUCGCAUUCCUUCUGAAGCGUCCUGUCCUUGAAGCGUAUCAUGAAGCCAGAUAUGGAUUGUAACCAAGCUAAUGGCCAUGGUGGGAGACUCGAUGCGGGCUGCCGUGACAUAGACCACUAUGCAUCCCGUCUCCCACGAUGGCGAUACAAGCUCCGCCAGGCCCUCAUCCCCAUCAUCCGCGCUGAAACCCCCUACCUCGCCAUGCUCCAACACCACCUCCGAUCCCCCAACCUCGACGGCUUCUUCGCCUGGUCUGCCAACCUCGGGACCCACACCGCCUUCAUGGUCCUGCUCCCGAUAUUCUUCUGGGCUGGCCACACCUCCUUCGGCCGCGCGUAUACCCAGAUGUUGGCCGCCGGCGUAUUCUUCUCUGGCGCCAUCAAGGACCUGCUCUGCCUCCCGCGCCCGCUCUCGCCCCCAUUGCGCCGGAUCAGCAUGUCGGGGAGCGCGGCGCUGGAGUAUGGAUUCCCGAGUACCCAUUCGACGAACGCGGUUUCCGUGGCGGCGUAUGCGCUGGUGCUGAUUUGGCGGGCGGCCGAGGAGGGCAGGAUAUCGAGUCACGCCAGCACAGGCAUCCAGCUCCUGAUCUGGGGGUAUACCUUCGCCAUCGUCUUCGGUCGAUUGAUUCUCGGCAUGCAUGGUUUCUUUGAUGUCAUUGUUGGGUCGCUCCUUGGCUUAGUCAUCGCCAUUGUACAGAUCCAAUGGGGCGAGGACUUCGAAGUAUGGCUCACUGGGCCUUCUCCGAUCCCGAUUAUAACAUGUCUGCUCUUGAUUCUCUUCUGUGUUCGGAUUCAUCCCGAGCCUGCCGAUGAUUGUCCAUGUUUUGAUGACGGCGUUGCUUUCGCGGGAGUUAUAAUCGGGAUUGAAGGGGGCAUUUGGCAUUUUGCAACCACCUCGUAUAGCGUGUCCGAGCCUACACCCGGGACCGCCCCAUUUUCUUUUGAGCGUGUCGGGAUAUUCAAAUCCCUGUUGAGAGUCGUUCUCGGCAUUGCUUUAAUCUUUGCGUGGCGAGCGACCAUGAAACCGAUUCUUCUAGGAGGUCUUCCUCCUCUAUUUCGGACUUUGGAGCGCGUGGGCUUCGAGAUGCCCCGAAGAUACUUCCUCAAGGCCUCUCAAUACACCAAAAUCCCCUCGACAGCCUAUCUCGACAGCGUGAUCCCCUCAGCGUCCGACCUGCCUACCAUCAUCACGAGCUUCCGGCACCCGCGUCGGCGCGCCGUUUCCAUUGGUCCUCAAUCCCAAGCCGACGCAUACGAGGCCAUCGCCUACCGGCGCAUUCGCCGCGAAAGCAUGGGCCAAUCCCGCACCACCCCGUCGCCCAUGCACGCGGCCUCCGCCCACCCGUUCGGGCGGCCGAAGUUCGAUUCCGUGCACGAGCAGGAGGCGCGCGAUGCGAGCGCCGACGACAGCCCAGACGUCGGACGGGAGCGGUCGCGGAGCUUUGGUGAGACGAUCAGACCUGAGAUCGAGAAGUAUCAGGGGAUGAUGGGGAGUGUGGCGCCAGAGCAGGAGACGGAGGAGCUGGGCGAGCAGGAGGAGGAGGCGGCCGAUCAGAACAUCCUGGCGGGGGUACAGAAGCCGCGGGUCAGGUAUGAUGUUGAGGUGGUGACGAAGUUGAUCGUAUAUUCCGGGAUUGCAUGGUUAGCAGUUGAAGGCGGCCCAAUCCUCUUCGAAAUUCUGGGGCUAGGGAUGUCAUGACUCAUGAUGGCUAUGUAUAUAUUUUGCACGGAUGUUCAUGUCGCUGUACAUAUCGAAAGCUGGAUUGCGGCACACAGUAUUGGCCUGGUAUAUGUAUCAACUCCUACUUCGGCCUGCUAUCGUUCGACUUCCCAAGUUUCCUGCUCGCAGCU